UCUACUUUUUACAGGCAGCAUGAAUAGUCAUGAUCUAAAGUCAGCCGAGACAUAUGGGAAGUUUAGCCAAAGCUAUUUGACACAACUGCGAAAGAGAGGCAUGAUCGAACUCGGAUUCGACGAGGAUGACAUCGUUCUCGACGUGGGCUGUGGAAGUGGAGAAGCUAGCAAAGAAAUAUCAGCCAUGGUUAAAAGCGUAACAGCAUUUGAUGCAUCUCCUGUCAUGGUCGAGAGCGCGAGGACACUGAAUGCAGCCGACAACAUCGACUACCACGUUGCCGACGCCCACUCCUUCGACGACCACCUCGACGAGUGGAACCACGCCUCAUUCGACAAGAUCGUUUCCUUCUUUGUUUUCAACUGGUGUCACGACCCUCAGAGGGUUCUUCAGAAUGUCAAGAGCUGUCUGAAACCUGGUGGACGAGCUUUGCUCGUGUUCGCUCUCCAGACGCGGGUUCUGAGCUUGAAGUGCUCGUACGGGGAGACGACAGACUCGUGGAUUCGUUGCCAUAAGAAAUGGGGACCGUACAUGAAGGACUACGUCCAUUUCCAAAAGGACUGGGAUAAUGGGGAGGACUUUUUGGAGGUUGUGAGAUCCGUAGGGUUUGAUGUCUGCAAAUCGGCAAUAGAAGAAGUGUGUGUACCAAACCAAAGUGCGGCAGAAGCUAAAGCUGGUCUACGCACACUCUUGGGACAUCUCAGUGCUAUUCCAAACGAUCUACGGGACGAAUGCGUGGAUGACGUCCAUCGAUGGCUGUGUGACGUCACACCGAAACAUGAAACCGGUUAUAUGAUGGGGCAAGGCAGAUGCAUGACUGCAAUUAUAAGCAACAACCAAAUGACAUGAGAGAUGUUUGUUUCAUUGUUUUUUUUCCGAAAUCAUAAAAACAUAAAGUAACAUAAUCAAUAAAAAUAAUAAUGAUACGGUUGGAUAGCCCAUUUUGGAGCUUUUAGCAUAACAGCUCUGUUCUUCCACAUGGCCAAAUAUAAUGUCAAUAAUAAUAAAUUAUAUAACAAAACAGAGUAUAAUUCAAUAAAAACACCAUAUCAGACUAAAUAUGUAUUUAUUUAUUCUACGGUGAAAUAAAAAUAUCGAUCCCCUCCAAGAACUAUUCUGAGAGUAACCCCGCCCUUAAUAUUGGGUAAAAGGGCUCCAUGAGCAUGAUGAGGGUAACUGUGUCUCCAACCAACAUUGGGCAUUUCUUUGGGGCAUUUUUAUUUAUCCAGUGUGAUGAAAAUUUUGCCCGUUCUAAAGUAACUGCUGCUUAUUUUUCAGACUUACUGGACAAUGUGAUUCCCGCAUUGGGUAAAAUACUGCCCCCAAUAGGUUACAUACAUAAUUACCCUCGUGGUGGUGAAAAUUUUACCCAUUUUUUUUUCAGUGUAUAACCCACCCAUCUAACAGCUGAUUUUCAUUACGUUUAAAAUCGUUUUACAUGAAUACUCAAUUAAGUCUGUUAUUGCACAGAAAAAUAUUCACGGCUUUUGGGCCUGGCGUGCAUGUAAUUAUCCGUCUCACAUUUGUCGCAUUUUUUUGUGCAGUGGUAAAUGAAUUUGGCAACUUUUGAUUUCAAGAUAACAAUACAUGCACCCCACUCGUUAUUUAUU